UCGCCAGGGAGCACCCAGAGCAUAUAAAGGAUGAGAACCAGGAAAAGGACGCACCUCCUGGGACAAGGGUGGCUUGGCAGACCACAAACUGCCUGGAGUGACCCCACCCCACGCUGGCAAUGGCAUCUCACCACGUGAUCACGGUCCAGCCCCAGUUUUCGGCUGCCCCACGGUCAGGCGAGUGGCAGUCAGGGCUGCUGGACUGCUGCUCUGACUGUGGCGUGUGUAUUUGCGGAGCCUUCUGCUUCACCUGCCUGGGGUGCCAAGUGGCUGGGGACAUGGACGAGUUCUGCCUGUGCGGUCCCAGUGUGGCCAUGAGGACGCUCUACCGCACCAGAUACAACAUCCCGGGCUCCAUUCUGGGUGACUGGAUCUCCAUCAUGUGCUGCCCCAUGUGUGCGCUCUGCCAGCUGAAGAGAGACAUCAACCGGCGGAAGGAGCUGGGCAUGUUCUGAUGCCACCAUCCUUGCUGCACCCUGCGGAGCCACUGUGGGCAGGAGUCGCCACUGCCCUGGCCCUUGGGAAACAAACCACGGGAGGGUUGCCUUGAUCGUGGUUGAUUUCCUCUUCCCUGGGUAACACCAGCAAUAAA